UCCUUACAGAAAGUAUAACUCAGGAAGAUGAGGAUAUUGGGGGACGAUUGUCGGAGUCUAGUGUACAUAAUGCCACACUAUCUACAUAAACCGAAUCAACAGUUGUCCGUUCAGAAGGAUGUACUAAAUUAUUAGCUGAAUUGACGAUGCAAAGUUUUUGUCAGGCAGAUUGCAGAGACUGAAAUCUGAGAUGGAAUCGGAUCUUUCCCUACAUACAAGGGGAAAAAAAAAUGAAAACCAUCUCGCAAAUGCCCUCUAAGUGCGGUGACUAACACCGCUGUUAAAAACAUUAUUACCAGCCUGCCCCCGUCUCCCCUCCCCGUAUCGGCAUUUCUCUGUGUCUGUCCAUCACUUCGUGAACCGCGAAAAAAAAACGCAUCUCGUCAACUUUCGUGUCGGUCUUCGGGUCUUAUAGUGUGUACAAAUGGGUGAUCACACCGCGACUCGGUCGGUGACUUGUCAGUCAAACCGGAACGUGGUGGUGGCUUUGCGCCUGCUCCCGGCACCAGAGGGGUAUAACAGUAAUCACUUCACGGUCACAUUGACAAGCUGUGAACACCGUCUGCCUGAUGCAUCGCUAACCAACAAGGCCGGUCAGCCAGGGCUCUUCCAAUCUUCUUGGAAAACUAUAACUAUGUGGAAACAAUUGUAAGAGAGGAAUUGAGAAUGCAGACAGCUAAAACUGUCCUUGAUCUGAAGGUCUUUCAUUUUAAUGGAUAUGAACAACAUUCAAGAUGUACAAGUGAGAGCACAAAUGCAACAUUUGCACAAUAACACUGCAACAAAGAAAAGAUUGUAUGAAUUCCAUCAGAACCCCUCAUCCAAAUGAACAAAAUGGAUUUAGAAAACGAAACUUACACCAACUUUACAAUCGAAGAGCUGACAAAGGGAAAAACUUCCAAAGUGCUGAUAUCGCUUUCACUCUCAGUCCUAACGAUCAUGACCACACUUAUUAAUUCACUGGUGAUAAGUGCAAUUAUUGUAACAAGAAAGCUUCACCACCCAGCAAACUAUUUAAUAUGCUCCCUCGCUGUUACAGAUUUACUUGUUGCCGUCCUUGUGAUGCCCUUCAAUAUUAUUUACACUGUAAAGGAGACAUGGGUGAUGGGUCAGGUUGUCUGCAACAUCUGGUUAAGUGUUGACAUUACAUGUUGCACAUGCUCUAUUCUUCACCUGGCUGCAAUUGCCCUAGACAGGUAUAGGGCUAUAACUGAUGCUGUAGAAUAUGCACAGAAGAGGACACCUAAACGUGCUGGAAUAAUGAUCACAGUUGUAUGGGUUAUUUCCAUCUUUAUAUCAAUGCCUCCUUUGUUUUGGCGACACCAAGGAAAUAAUAAGGAGGAUGAGUGUCUUAUUAAGCAUGAGCAUCUUGUCUACACAAUCUAUUCUACAUUUGGAGCAUUUUAUAUUCCCUUGGGUUUGAUCCUCAUUCUGUACUAUAAAAUAUAUCGAGCAGCUAAAACGCUUUAUCACAAAAGGAGUGCAAGCAAGCACAUCAAUGAGGAUGUAAAUGGCAAGAUGCCCAGCAUUACUGUCAGAAGCCCCAGGACACCUUCGACACUGUGCAUAUCUGAAAAGUCCAUUUCAGACCCUUCUACAAUUGAAGAUGGAGACAAAAUCCACAUCACAGCUCGAAGUCUCAACCCCAGCACUUGCCAACAAGAAAAAUUGUGGAAGAGAAACAAAAUCUCUGGCACAAGAGAAAGAAAGGCAGCAACCACUUUGGGCUUGAUUCUGGGAGCAUUUGUAAUAUGCUGGUUACCAUUCUUUCUAAAAGAACUCAUCGUGAAUGUCUGUGAAUCCUGCUAUAUUUCUCCAGAGAUGACUGAUUUUUUGACAUGGCUCGGUUACCUCAAUUCUUUAAUCAAUCCUCUUAUUUACACAAUAUUCAAUGAAGACUUUAAGAAAGCUUUUCAGAAGCUAGUACGCUGCAAAAUGUUUCUGUAAAUACAAUGGAAAGCAAUCAUCUUUAUAAUUAGAAUGGGUAGGCCUUUUGCAGAAGCCUUCUUCUUUGAAAGGACAAUUACAUUUUUUUUCAGUUGGUUUACAGUGGCUUUGUAUCUGAAACAAUUACCAAACUAGAAGAUACAUACUGUUACAGAUACAUAAAACUCUUGGGUGCAGAAGAGAACUUAUGUAGUAUUUUUCUAUUCUGGAACUGCCAGGGAUAUUUUAAAGAGAUGAUACCUUGUAAGUAGAAAUAAUGCAAAUUUUAAAUUCGAAGCAUUGACUGGAUUUUUAAUGUGUGUAAAAUAUGUUUGAACUACAGGGAAAGCACUACAUAAUUUUCUCCGAUUAUUCAUAUUGGUUAAAAUUGACUUUCCAGUCUGAAAUGGAUAUAUUGAGAGUUCGUAAAAGUGGGAACACUUGCUAAGGGCUUAUUAAGCAUUGAGAAUAACUUAUUAAAGGCCUACAUAAGCAAUAUGCAAGUGUUUCUUUUUGGGAUCUUUUAAAGAAAUUGGAAAUGUAUUCCACAUGGAAGUAAUUCUAAGGUUGAAGGGCAAGACCUAAUGCAGGAAAGCCACAAUAGAAUUGUCCAAAUAUUCUUCUUCAUUGAAUUGCUGGAGCAAACAAUUGUAAGUUAAAUGAUAAUUCAGCAGCAACUGAAAAAGAAACCAACCUGGAAUUGUAAAUGGAGGCACAUUAUUGCAAAUCUAAUUAUUCCAGGAAUCAAAUGUAACACACUAAAGUUAGCUUCCUGAACAUGUCAGAAGGCAAGGCAUCGUGAGACUCAAAAUCAGUAGAGAACCCGUGACUGAGGUGAACUAUUGUCUUGACAAAGGUUGUAACGUAAUCAACCAGUACUUAUGGUACAUGUAACUUCUAGACAUUCGCAAAAGAGUAUGCAGCAGUCAGUUUGCAUCAUCCAUUGCCUUGCUUUUCACUUCACAUCCAAGUACAUGCAUUUAAGUGACAACAGAAAACCAAAAACUCAGGCAAGUAGACAGAUAUGUGAGGGAUGCUUUUGCCCGGUCCUUGUCUCAGUUGCAUUGACACUAUGAUUAGGUACUUUUCAUUAAAUUUGUGUUUAAUUGUAGAAUUUCCAGUCAUUUAUCAUGUUUCAUUACAAAAUAUGUAUCUUUUCUUGGCUUUGGUAGAACUGACUCUUUGUUAGCUACACAAUAAAAUAAACGACAGGCUGUGACACAUAAAGCAACUGAACAUUACUAUCUCAUAAAUCAUGCAUUGCUGCCACAUAUGUGGUGGAAGUGCAUAUGCUGUUUAUGUAUUUGUACUGAGAGCUUAAUAUAUCCUGCAUUUUCCACUUGCAGCAAUGUGGACAAUUCAUUGACCCAGUUCUCAUAGAUUCCAUAAAUGAUGAUGUGGAAAUGGUGGGUGUUCGAUUUAGUCUGGUCAGUUUCAUACAUGUAUGAGUCUCAACUGUGGCUUAGUUGAUAGUGUUCUUCGACGUCAUAAUGUUUCCGUUACAAUUCCCACUCCAGAGCUUAAGCACAAAAACCAAGGCCAACAUUCCAGUCUAGCAUUGAAGGGAUGCUCCACUGUUGGAAGGUGCCAUCUUUCAGAUGAGACAUUAAAUCAAGGCUCCAUCUGGCUUAGACAGAUUUAAAAGAUCUAUAUUGAAGAAGAGCUAUGGAGCUACCCCUGGUACCCUGGCCAAUGUUUAUGCCUCAACAUCACAAAAAGACAUUAUCUGAUCGUUAUUACCUUGUUAUUUGUGGGAGCUUACAGUUUGCCAAUUGGCUUCAUUACAAUGGUGACUGGACUUCAAAAGUACUUGAUUGGCUACAAAGCACUUUGAAGCAUUCAGCUGUAGUGAAAAGUGUGAUAUAAAACCAAGCCUUUCUUUCAUUAAUUAGUAAAACAUCAUGGCCCUGAAAUUUCAUAGGAGACGCAGCUGAUCUCCAACCUGAAUUAUAUUGGUAGGCUUGGAGAAUCCCUGCAGAAUUUCAAACCAGUAUCUUCACCUGAAACAUCUUCUAUGUUGAUAUCAAUCACGGGAUAUUGUUUGCUUUAAUUGUUGUGGGAUCAAAACCUUUGGAUAUUCGACCUGCAGUCACUUGUUUAUGCCCUGCUUUGGCAACACCACUUUAAUAAGUUUGCUCUUUUGCCUCUGCUUGCAAUCUACAGUUGGAGUGCAUGGCCUCAUGUUUUAUAUGAGGGUACAAUGAUGAGCACCAUGAGUUAUUUUAAUCCAACCUUCAUUUUUGCAAACUAUCCGUGACCACUUACAUUGCUUUAAAUAUUAAUAUUACCCUAAUUGUUGCGAAUAUCAUAACAUCUUUAUAAAGGCAGGACUCCGAAUGUUUGUAUCCUGACACAAAUGCUGACGACCAUAGGUCAAUUGUUCACUGACUAAAAAUCAAAACAUUGCAGACUGGAAAUCUGAUGCACACACAGAGAAUGCUGGAUAAACUCUGCAAGUCUUGUCGCAUUUGUAGUCAGAAAAACAGAGUUAACAUUUCAUGACUUCUUCAGAAUGGUUCUGAAACUGAACCCGAAGCAUUAACCCUGUUUCUCUCUCCACAGAUGCUGCUAGACCUAUUGAGUUUCUCCAUCAUUCUCCAUGUUUGGUCACUUAAUUGUACCUGGUUGGCCUUUACUAUUCACUACAUAUUUGUACACAUCCAUCAAUACUAACUUGUAUAUUAAACAGUAUUUACUCAAUGAUAUCACCUUCUGAAUAUUAUAGAAUACUUGGCUCUGAGCAAGUGCAUGAUGUAAAUAUGGGUUUUGUCAAUUGAUGUAGUUUUAAGUGCUUCAUUCUGCUGGAUGCUGCAAACCACUUUGUUCUCUCUUUGUGAUAGGAACAAAUACCAGCCAAUAAAUGUCUUUAGAGAACCAGCUUUUGGCUUAUUGAUACCAUUUAUACCUCUGACCCCUGGCUAACCCUAGAUUUUGUUCAUCCAAUACCCCUUGACCUCAAUUAACUAUAGUAAUUUCCAUAAAAGCAACACCUUGAUUUUAAAAUUCUCAUCUUUGUUUUCAAAUCCCCCCUAUGAAUUUUCCCCUCAUUGUAUCUGUAAUCUCCUCCAGCUCCACAACCCUUCAAGAUCUCUAUGUCCCUUAAAUUGCAUCCUCUUGAAUAUUCCUGAGUGUAAUUGUUUCAUCACUGGCAGCUAUAUUUUGAACAGAAACAAAAAUAGAAGUUGCUGGAAAAGCUCAGCAGGUCUGGCAUCUGUGG